AGAGAGCCUCUAUCACAAUAUAAUACAUUCAUGCUCUUUCAUCUUUGCACUAUUAGUUUUGCAAAUAGUUGGGAAAGGAUCCCAGAUUAUUUCGAUGUACAGUAUUAUGUUGAGUAAAAAGUAAAAAGCUAUGACGAACUAUUUUCCGGGUUGUUUUGUUCGUCGUAAAGCAGGAUCUAGCUGCGACAUUUUUUACGACUAUUCUGUGAGGUCAUAAUUUUAACAAUUGAGAUGAAUGUGUCGGUAAAUAAAGGUUUAGCUUUUACUGGUAACGUUAUUCUCAAAACAGCUUUUAGUUGCUCUUCUUUUUCUCUGAUAUUCAUGGUUGUUAAAUGUAUAUGAUAUAACUGAAUAAUAGGGCAUGGUGUGGUAAUUGUAGCAAAGAUGCCAGUUAAUAGUCAGCUAACGUUAGCUAUGUAUUGCUAGCUGUAUUCUUACAUUUCGCUCAGAGCAGCUCUCUUUAGCCCCUAACGCUAACGUUAGCUAACUGUCACAGCUUGCACUUGAAAUUUAUCUACCGAGACGUGUGCGUGUAAGACAAACGUAUGCAUUAAUCUACCGAGUGUGGGUUCAGUUUGUCGCCUUUGGUACUGAAAGCUAGAUUCAUGUACAAUGUCAGCGCAAAAAGACUGCGAUUUUCUGGUGAAGAGAGCCCGGGAGCUGGUCUCUGAUGAUCCCUGUGCGGCCAAAGCCUGGCUCAUAACUGCCAGAACCCUUUACCCUGCAGAUUUCAACAUACAGUAUGAAAUGUACAUCAUUGAACGCAAUGCAGAGAGGACAGCCUCGGCAGGAAGACUGCUGUAUGACAUGUUUAUAAACUUUCCAGAUCAGCCCAUUGUUUGGCGAGAGAUCAAUGUCAUCACAGCUGCACUGCGCAGUGACUCUCAGGACAAACAUGCACAGUUUCUACGAGGGCUUUUUGAGACGCUUCCUGGCCGUGUGCAGUGUGAGAUGCUACUGAAAGCCACGGAGCAGUGUUUCAACACUUUGGAGAAGGCAGAGAUGCUGCUCCUUCUUCUUAAGCGCUUUCCAGAGUCUGUAGUCCAACACGGGGUCAAUCUAGGAGAAACAUUGUUGGACGCGGAGGUAUCAGAGAAUGUGGAGACUCCUGUCAACUGCUUCAGAAAACUUUUUGUGUGUGAUGUCCUUCCUUUGGUCAUAAACAACAUGGACAUGCGCCUGCCGGCCAGCCUGAUGCAGAAGUACAUGCUGAAAGCAGCUGAAUUCUACAUCGGCUAUGUUACUCGUGGACCCUCCCCUGAUGUACAGAUACAGGGCUCUCAAGAAGGUGGAUCUCUGAAGUCAACCGCUGUGUCCCGUGGCUCCCAGCGGUAUGUGAUUGACGGCUUGUCGGAAAAGUCGUCAGUGGUAGCAGAACCUUGGGAGAGGCUGUUGGAUAUCCUCGCUGUGGUUGGAGCCCGCUGCGAGUGGCAGGGAGACAAGGGGCAGAGGAGUUAUGUGGACAUGCUUCAGAGAGUGAAAGAGCUGUGUCGCUACCUGCCUAGUCUGGAAGGAGACACAAGGUCCCGCUGCUGCAGUCAAGUGGUCAUCUGUGCUGCGCUCGUCCUCUUCCGCAGUGCCUUCCUCUAUGUCUCAGCUGUGCAGCCUGCACUGUUCCAGGGUGUGAAUACGUUGAGUUCAGGGCCGUGGAUCCUUGUAGAGGAUUUGAGCUCGGUGUAUAAUGAUGUGGAGGGGGAAAGAGGAGCAGUAAAACAUGCACAUAAGAAACGCAAACUGGCAGAUGGGAGAGAGAAGACGAUGAGCUCAGAUGAUGAGGAGGGGUUGGGAAAAGGUCGCGGUCGACACAUUUUGGUAAACAAGACUGAUAUGCCCAGCUGGUCAGAGACUCUGGAGAGCUUCCGCACAGCGAGGGAAAGCUGGGACCUUCUUCACUCCCAUGACGGCCUUGAAACUGAGUUCAAGAAGAUCUGUGCCUCUUGGAAAACAGACAACUGGCUAUGGUUCAGAAUAUUUCUCAGCGACAUGAUCAUAUACCAGGGACAGUACCGUAAAGCCCUCUCCAGCCUGCACCAGAUGGCUGCAGUGCAGCAGCCUCAGCCUGGGCAGCAGAGCCCCUCAGGUCAGGGCAGUCUGGAGCACCACAGGGCUCUCAUACAGCAGGCGUCCUGCCACUACGCACUGGGAGAGUACAGGAUGGCCUGUGAGAAGCUGCUUGAUGUCGUCGGUGGGCUGGUGCCCCCGAGCCAAGAACCAACAAAGAGCCCAGAGGAUCACGGGAGAGUCAAGAACAAAACAAGGAAAGGUAAUGACCUGAGAUUGCUUCCCUGCACCAGCAAAGCUGUGUUACCUUUCUGUCUCCAGCUGAUGUUAGCCUGCUUCAAGCUCCGUGCCUUCACAGACAGUCAUGACGACCUGUCGCUCGGCCAUGUGGUGGUGCUCCUGCAGCAUGACUGGCCACAGGGCGAGAUGCUGUUUUUAAAGACAGUGGAAAAGAUCUGUCAGCAAGGCAGUUUCCAGUAUGAGAAUUUCUUCAACUAUGUCACCAACAUUGACAUGCUGGAGGAGUUUGCAUACCUGCGUACUCCAGAAGGGGGGAGGAUUCAACUAGAGCUGCUGCCCAAUCAGGGAAUGCUGAUCAAGAACCCCAGUCCCGUCCUGGGGGUGGAGUUAAAUACCCUUCUGCUCCAAGGGGUGCAGACGAUGGACAGACACCACACAGUGACUCGUGGAAUCACCAAAGGAGUGAAGGAAGAUUUCCGUCUGGCCAUGGAGAGGCAGGUGUCGCGUUGCGGAGAGAACCUGUACAGUGUGCUUCACCGUUUCUGCAUUAAUGAGAAAAUCAUCAUCAUCCAGUCUCUUCCUUGACACGUGGCCUGUGACUUUUGAACCUUUUCAUAGUUGAUAUUCCAGGCACAGUUUUAAUGCAGCUGGACUGACUUCAUGACUCCCACACAGGACACACGUCUAGCUCUCUCAUCUUUAUCAUCUAUCUCUGAACUCUUCCGAAAAGAAUACCUCUCCUUGCCUCAAAAGUGGAUCUCUCUUUUUAGAGAGUUGGAGAGAAUACUGUUUUUCUGAAUAUACAGCGCUCAUGCAGUUUUCAUAGUAUGUGUGUAGUUUUCUUCUCAACAUGUGCUCAACCACAUUUGAAGUGGUUUAAUCAUAUUGUGACAUUUUGUGGGAGCCAAUAUUGACAAAAAGAAUUAAGUGCAUUUUGAUAUUCCUGGGUAAGGUUUAUUUUUUUGUUACAAACUUGAAGUGUUAGUUUAUAUAAAUGUUUCAAUUAAAUGCCCUCUAAAAGGUUUAAAGAA